GCACAGUUCAAUAAAGCAUCAACAUGUACUUCAAAGUAGCAGUCAUCAGCCUCCUGGUAGCGGUCUGCCAAGCCGGACUCAUCCAGGAAGGUCACUCCGCUGUCUCCUCCCAGAGCAUCGUGCGCCACGACCAGCCCACGCAACAGGCAUAUGCCCCCAUUGUAGCCGAUGGCCCGGUUGUAGCCCAUGCCGCUCCGUUGAUCCAUGCCUCUCCUUUUGUCCAACAUGUAGCCCACGCUGCCCCCAUCGCGAUUGCUCGCGAACACAUUGAGGAACAAGCUCCCGCUCACUACGAGUUCUCCUACUCUGUAGAAGACCCUCACACCGGUGACCACAAAUCCCAGCACGAGAGCCGCGAAGGUGACGUCGUGAGAGGCGAAUAUUCCCUGGUCCAACCCGAUGGUGCCGUCAGAACUGUUGAAUACACCGCCGAUGCUCACAACGGUUUCAACGCCGUAGUCCACAACUCAGCCCCAUCUGAACAAGCUGCCGCUGCUCAGGCAAACGCUGCCCACGCCAACGCCCAAGCCCGUGCUGCCCUGGUCCACGCUACCCCCGUGGUCCACGCUGCCCCCGUCGUCCACGCUGGCCCCGUCAUCCACGCUGCUCAACUCGUUCACGCUGCCCAUGGUCCCAUUGUCCACGCCGCUCCCCUUGUCCAUGGCCAAAUCGUCCACGCCACUCCUAUCCUCGCUCACCAUUAA